AGCAUGCCGUGCGAUAGCGGCGGCGCGGCGGGCGGAGCCGGGAGGCGGGGAAGCAGUGGCCUUGUGAGCGUGAGGAGCUGCCGCCACCGCCUGCUCCUCGUCGUCCUCGUCCUCCGGGGCCCCGGCGACGUGGGCCGCGCACGGCCCUGGAAGAGACGUCGCCUCCCCUUCAUCCGCCUCUCUCUCACCGCGCCGCUCCCGCCUCCUCGUCCUGUGCUGCGGGCUCAGGCGGAACCCGGAACGGCCGUCCUCUUCCCCCGCCCGCCGCCGCCUCCUCCUUCUCCUCCUUCUCGGCUUCCUCCUCAGCCCCGGGCCGGAGCGGGGUGUUGGCGGCGGCCGGUUCGGGUGGCGACUCGCGCUUCUCUCGGCGGCGGCGCUUGGCCAUGUCGUGUCGGGGAAGGUAAUGAGCCGCAGAGCCCCGGGGUCUCGGCUGAGCGGCGGCGGCGGCGGCACCAACGGCACCAACUAUUCGCGGAGCUGGAAUGACUGGCAACCCAGAACUGAUAGUGCAUCAGCCGACCCAGGUAAUUUAAAAUAUUCUUCAUCCAGAGAUAGAGGUGGUUCUUCCUCUUACGGACUGCAACCUUCAAAUUCAGCUGUGGUGUCUCGGCAAAGGCACGAUGAUACCAGAGUCCACGCUGACAUACAGAAUGCCGAAAAGGAGAGAUCGAUGUCUUAUUGUGAUGAGUCUCGACUGUCAAAUCUUCUUCGGAGGAUCACCCGGGAAAACAACCGAGACCGAAGAUUGGCUACUGUAAAGCAGUUGAAAGAAUUUAUUCAGCAACCAGAAAAUAAGCUGGUACUAGUUAAACAAUUGGAUAAUAUCUUGGCUGCUGUACAUGACGUGCUUAAUGAAAGUAGCAAAUUGCUUCAGGAGUUGAGACAGGAGGGAGCUUGCUGUCUCGGCCUUCUUUGUGCUUCUCUGAGCUAUGAGGCUGAGAAGAUCUUCAAGUGGAUUUUUAGCAAAUUUAGCUCAUCUGCAAAAGAUGAAGUUAAACUCCUCUACUUAUGUGCCGCCUACAAAGCACUAGAGACUGUAGGAGAAAAGAAAGCCUUUUCAUCUGUAAUGCAGCUUGUAAUAACCAGCCUGCAGUCAAUUCUUGAAAAUGUGGAUACACCAGAAUUGCUUUGCAGAUGUGUUAAGUGCAUUCUUUUGGUGGCUCGAUGUUACCCUCAUAUUUUCAGCACUAAUUUCAGGGAUACAGUUGGUAUAUUAGUUGGAUGGCAUAGAGAUCAUACUCAGAAACCUUCACUCACGCAGCAGGUAUCUGGGUGGUUGCAGAGUUUGGAGCCAUUUUGGGUAGCUGAUCUUGCAUUUUCUAUGCCUCUUGUUGGUCAGUUUCUAGAAGACAUGGAAGCAUAUGCUGAGGACCUCAGCCAUGUGGCCUCUGGGGAAUCAGUGGAUGAAGACGUCCCUCCUCCAUCAGUGUCAUUACCAAAGCUGGCUGCGCUUCUCCGGGUAUUUAGUACUGUGGUGAGGAGCAUUGGGGAACGCCUCAGCCCAAUUCGGGCCCUCCAAUUACUGAGGCAUACGUAACAGAUGUUCUGUACAGAGUAAUGAGAUGUGUGACGGCUGCAAACCAGGUGUUUUUUUCUGAGGCUGUGUUGACAGCUGCUAAUGAGUGUGUUGGUGUUUUGCUCGGCAGCUUGGAUCCUAGCAUGACUAUACAUUGUGACAUGGUCAUUACAUAUGGAUUAGACCAACUGGAGAAUUGCCAGACUUGUGGUACCGAUUAUAUCAUCUCAGUCUUGAAUUUACUCACGCUGGUUGUUGCUGUAGCCCGUGCUGUUUAUCAAGCAAUGCUCAGCUUGAAGAAUAUUCCUGUUUUGGAGACUGCCUAUAAGUUAAUAUUGGGAGAAAUGACUUGUGCCCUAAACAACCUCCUGCACAGUCUGCAACUUCCUGAGGCCUGUUCUGAAAUAAAACAUGAGGCUUUUAAGAAUCAUGUGUUCAAUGUAGACAAUGCAAAAUUUGUAGUUAAAUUUGACCUCAGUGCCCUGACUACAAUUGGAAAUGCCAAAAACUCACUAAUAGGGAUCAUUAAGCAGCUUUGAGUCUGGAAAAUUUGUCGAAUGUACCGAGCAAUUAGAAUUGUUACCAG